CCCUAGUGAUGCAUGAAUGCUAAACGCCGCAGGAACUCCCCUGGUGCCCCAUCAACAACGUAGCAGCAACCCUCUCCGAGUUCCUCUUCAUUCAAGAGCCUGCCCACCCUAUUUAUCACUAUAGAAAUUCAACUCGCCAGUUCUGGCCAGAGAUGAUCACCAUGUUCGCAGGCAAAACGUGAAUCCUGCACCAGCAAAUCAUCCCUUUUGACCAGUGGUUGGAGUGCAUGCUGCAGAAAACAGAUGAGAAGAAGAGCCCUGCACGGUACGUUAAGGAUUUCCUGAACGAUCACCUUAUUCGGAUGGCAUGUGGAGGCGUUAUUAUGGACACUGAGAGGGCUCAGGAAUGGUCUUCGCGCCUGCAAACAAUGGGAGCUCUUGAGAUCGAGAUGGUUGGGAAGUAUGUUGGCGCGUGGAGAAGAUGGAGCUUUUGCAUCGAGAAUUCAUGUUAGAAUUCUAAUAGUUAGACAGGUCACGGCGUUAGGCGCAGAGCUCAAUCGAAUCAGCCAUUGAAAACCGAAAUCAUUGAUCUGCAGUAGAAAAAGCGAAAGAGCAAACUCAAUAUAUAUCUGGACGUGGUAUCUACGACAAUGAACGAACACCCCCAAACAACACCUCUAAUCCAUCAUAACUAAAGCUUAUAGUUCAC